UUUCACAUACUUUGCUGGAUACCCAGUCCCAUACUUGUGGACCUACAGGCUGUCUAGACAACACAGACAGCAAGCUGCUCCUGCCUCAUCUGUGACUGCAACUAUAGGGCAUAUACUAGAGAGACCCAAGCUACAACUCCCAUCCUGAACACAGACAGUGUUAGCCAUGGUUCCUGAGAACCAGUCAGUUGUGACCAUGUUUAUCCUGCAAAGCUUCGUGGAUGACCCCUGGGUCCAAGAUGCCCUCUUCUGCUUCUUCUUUACCUUAUUGACAGUGGCCAUAGCUGGCAAUGGCCUGAUUAUCACAACUAUUCACAGAAGUCCCAACCUCCACACUCCCAUGUAUUUCUUCCUAGUUAACCUUGCCUUGAUGGAUGUGAUCUGCACUGUGACUGUCCUGCCCACGGUCCUGCAGAGCCUGGUGACAGAGAGCACCAUAUCUUAUGGGGGAUGUCUCACACAGAUGUUUGUCUUCACCUUGGUCCUGAGCUCUGAGCUUCUGCUUUUUUCUGCCAUGGCCUAUGACCGCUAUCUUGCAAUCUGUUGGCCGUUGCACUAUGGAACCCUCAUGAAUGGCAGGGCCUGUGUGGCCCUUGCAACCUUUGUGUGGUUCACAGGGGCUCUCAAUGCCUUGGUGCUCACUUGUCUGGUGUUACCGCUGUCCUUCUGUGGUCCCAAUCUCAUCACACAUUUCUUCUGUGAGAUCCCUUCUGUGCUCAUGCUGUCCUGUAGUCCCACCUUUAUCAAUGACACCAUGACUGUCAUUGCAGACAUGUUCCUAUCUGGCCUGAACUUCCUAUUGACCAUGACAUCCUAUGGCUUCAUCAUUGCCAGUAUCCUGCGCAUCCGUUCAGCUGAGGGCAAGAGGCGUGCCUUCUCCACCUGCUCUGCCCACCUGAUUGUGGUCACCCUUUAUUAUUCCACUGUGUUAUAUACAUAUGUCCGACCAGCCCUAGGAACUGCUGGGCUCCUGGACAAGGCCAUUGCUGUUUUAUACACCACUGUGACCCCCUCUCUGAACCCCCUGAUCUACACCAUGAGAAACAAGGAAUUCAAAGCAUCCUUUAAAAAACUUUUAUUUCCCCAUUGAUGACUUUGAGUUGGAGAAGAACUCUUGAACAGUGGGCAAAGAGCUAAAGAGAUUACUUAAGACCUUCUUUUACAUCUCCUGAUUCUGGGAGACACAGGCUAAGUCAUGUCCUGAGUGAAGAAACAGCAUACUGUCUAUCAGAUAAUACUGGAGUUCUAGACUUUUGAAUGAUUUGGGUAAUUUUAACCAUUUCUGCUUUGUACAUAGAAUUGUAUGCUUACAAGUUCAAUGUUAUUCAAUGUUAAGAUGUUUCUAUGACUCACUGAAUCAAAUCUAGUUAAAUUGUGAGUACAAUCCUUUUAGUGAACCCCAUUUUUAACACUCUGCAUAUAAGGCUGAGAUGAAUGAUUACAGAGAUGAAGAGUAGUGAACCCUGAUCACACUUGUUUUAGACAUUUGCUGGCCUAAUUAGACUGUUUUCAUCUUUCUUACUGUUAUCCCACAGUUUGCUCUGAUGCUUGAUUCAUCCACCUGUUUGAGGGAAGAAAAUGUUCAUAGGGGACCUUAGCUAUUAGCUGGUUCUGAAAGCCUAUGAUCCCUAUAGAACCUUCCCUGACUCCAACAUUGAUAAAUGUUUGCCCAGAACCAGAGACUGGCGUGAUGGCCUGUUCUCAGACCCUAUGUCAUUAUACAGGUUUGCUAAAUCACAGCUCUAACUUGUACCUCAGCAUCUCUCCUGCCUAAAUGAAUUUUGUGUAACCUGACCAUCCUUCAAGAGUUGCUAUUAUUCAACACUGCAUAUUGUAUGUUAAUGAGCUCAGCCCACUGUGUCAUGAACUCAGAAAUAAAGAGCUUAUCAGAUUCA